CACACAAAGCCCGACCCCGGCCAACUCUCUCCCUGAAAACAGAGACACCCAAACGGCUCAAAACGCCAGCUACCCUACACGCCUCUUCUCUGAUUCACUCGUCCUCUUCCUCGUCGUCCUUGUCGGCCUUCUUCUUCCUCUUCUUCUUCUCCUUGGGCGGCUCAGGCUGCUUCUCGAGCGAGAGGAUGAAGCUCCACUCAUCCGCCGACACGGGCGACACCGACAGGCGAGCCCUGUGCGCAGGGCAAGGGAGAGGAGGAAGCAGGGCACACCACACAAACAAACAUUGCAGAUGGGUGGAUACUCACUGGCUGGUUGCUGAGGCGCUCACAGACUUACCGUGUGAAGAGGUGCAUGUCCUUGAGCUCCUUCUCUUUGUAGCGCUUCAACUCCUGACACACACGCAGAGGCAGCUCAGCUAGGUGUCCUGACAGUUGUCACCGUCUCCUGCCUGCCCGCAUUGCCGUCCGUAUACUUCGAGUGAAAUCAUGCGCUCCAGCUCACGCUCAAACUGCUCAGACAGACAACACGUACACAGAAAACCUGUUACCUGUCUGUGUGUCUGUGUGACGCUCACCUUGACAUCGACCAUGUCCCACCGCGGGUCCUCCUUCUUGCUCUUGGCGUCGUAAUGGGGGUUCUGCGCAUGGGAUGGGUGCGUGCAGUCGUAUGCGCGUGAAUGAAUGGGUGAGGUCAGGCCACCUUCUCGUCGAACUGUGUGUGGUCGGGGUACGCCUCACGGACAAUCGUCGCGAUACCGACGAUACCUACACAACACACACACACACACACACAAAGGGAUAGGCCGGGCCCCCUGGACCAGCCGCCAGCGUACCUGGCACCUUGCAGUUUGAGUGAUAGAAGAAGGCUUUGUCGCCGACCUUCAUCCCUCGCAUAACAUUCCGCGCCUGGAAGUUGCGCACGCCAUCCCUGAGCAAGCAUUUGCUGAUAGACACUUGACCCUCCCUCCCCUCCCUCCCUCUCGGCUGCUGCUGACCACUCGGCCGUUUGGUCGGGGGACUCCUUCAGGUCGUCGAUAGAGAACUUCAUGUCCAUGCCCUUCUCCAUGCCUGCAAUGCAUGCGCCACACAUACACAGACGCAGAAGAGAAGACGCCGAUGUCACUGCAUGACGUGUGAAUGAAUGAAUGAUUGGCUGGCUUACGAGAAUCAGGUUCAGACUUCAUGAGAAAGUACCGCGGUCCGUCCGCGGCAGCUGCAGAUGAGGAGCACUCGCCUGCCUGGCCCUCUGCAGCCUCAUCCCGCUUCCUCUUGGCUGGCAUCAGGUGCACCCUCCGAGCCCUCGGCAGGCGAUGCUGGCUGCUGACAGUGCCG